AUGGGCGCCCCCACGCGCGGGGCGCACCCCCUGCUGCUGCUGCUGCUGCUGCUGCUGCCGCCGCUGCUCCCCGGGGCCCGUGGCUCCGAGGCCGAGCACCGCCUGUUCGACCGGCUGUUCGAGGAUUACAACGAGAUCAUCCGGCCCGUGGCCAACGCCUCGGACGCCGUCAUCGUGCAGUUCGAGGUGUCCAUGUCCCAGCUGGUGAAGGUGGAUGAGGUCAACCAGAUCAUGGAGACCAACCUGUGGCUCAAGCAGAUCUGGAACGACUACAAGCUGAAGUGGAACCCCUCGGACUACGACGGGGCGCAGUUCCUGCGCGUCCCCGCCCAGAAGAUCUGGAAGCCGGACAUCGUGCUCUACAACAACGCCGUGGGGGACUUCCAGGUGGACGACAAGACCAAGGCGCUGCUCAAGUACACGGGCGAGGUGACCUGGAUCCCGCCCGCCAUCUUCAAGAGCUCCUGCCGCAUCGACGUGACCUUCUUCCCCUUCGACUACCAGAACUGCUCCAUGAAGUUCGGCUCCUGGACCUACGACAAGGCCAAGAUCGACCUGGUGCUGGUGGGCUCGGCCAUGAACCUGCGGGACUACUGGGAGAGCGGCGAGUGGGCCGUGGUGCGCGCCCCCGGCUACAGGCACGAGGUCAAGUACAACUGCUGCGACGAGAUCUACCCGGACAUCACCUACUCGCUGUACAUCCGGCGGCUGCCCCUCUUCUACACCAUCAACCUCAUCAUCCCCUGCCUGCUCAUCUCCUUCCUCACCGUGCUGGUCUUCUACCUGCCCUCCGACUGCGGCGAGAAGGUCACGCUCUGCAUCUCCGUGCUGCUCUCGCUCACCGUCUUCCUGCUGGUCAUCACCGAGACCAUCCCGUCCACCUCGCUGGUCAUCCCGCUCAUCGGCGAGUACCUGCUCUUCACCAUGAUCUUCGUCACGCUCUCCAUCGUCAUCACCGUCUUCGUGCUCAACGUGCACUACCGCACGCCCGCCACGCACACCAUGCCCGGCUGGGUGAAGGCCGUGUUCCUGCGGGCGCUGCCCCGGGUCAUGUUCAUGGCCCGGCCCGAGGCGGCGGGCGGCGGCGAGGGCGGUGAGGGUGGCGCCGGCUAUGCAGCCGCCGCCGAGCGGGCCAACCUGAACUGCUUCCGCGGCGCGGAGCCCGAGGACGGGAAGGACGGCGGGCCCUGCCAGGAGGGGCUGUGCGGCCGCCACCGCCAGUGCAGCCACCGCCGCCGCCGCCACGGCAGCAGCCACCGCGCGGCGAAGGUGUCCAACUUCACCGCCAACCUCACCCGGAGCUCCAGCACCGAGUCCGUGGAGGCCGGCGCCGCGCUCUCGCUGUCCGCGCUGUCGCCCGAGGUCAAGGAGGCCAUCCGGAGCGUCUGGUACAUUGCAGAGAACAUGAAGGCACAGAACGAGGCCAGAGAGAUUCAGGACGACUGGAAGUACGUGGCCAUGGUGAUCGACCGCAUCUUCCUGUGGGUCUUCGUCCUGGUGUGCAUCCUGGGGACGGCCGGGCUGUUCCUGCAGCCGCUGAUGGCGCGGGACGAGCCCUGA